CUAUACUCAUAUGUUUUGUUUUCAUUUUUUACUCUCCUUCAAUAUUGUCAUCACAGGGUUGGGGAACUGGGAAGGAUAUUAGAGUAAGAUUCUAGGUCACCAAGUUUUUAUUCUUCUUAAUUUUCACCACGGGAACAUGAAUGAUGUUACAAAACAGAUUGUCCUAGUAAUUACACAGUCACCUGAUAGGGAAUCUCUUUGGAUACUUUGUAUAUAAAGUAGAGAAAACCAUCACUUUGUUUGAACACAUUGGGUGCAUGAGGCACUGUGCCAGGUAGAAGAAUGGGAAGUGCAAAUUUGAGACGAAUUCCACUCAUGGGAAAGUCACAGUCUAGGUCUUCGAAGGAGGGCACAUGGGUCCAUUAAGGUACAGGAAGAAAAAACAUUGGAAUUUCUCCUUGGGUUUUAUAUCUCUUUUGAAUUUAUUUUCUGUGUAUGUUUUACAACAUCUGUCUAUUAAUGUAGAAUAAGACAUGUAUAUAAGCUUCUGUUCUAUAAUGCAAAAGUGUUUUAACUUAUCAGGGUGCACAAUCAAAAAAAAGUUUGGAAACCACUGAACCUGAAUGUAAAGAAAUACGUCAGUCAAAGAUUUUUUUGGUAUUUGAAAAAUACAUUAUCAUCUUCUUAUACGCAAUUUGCAAGAGAUUCUAACAAACUAGUAUUUUUCAUUAGCUAAUCUUUUCUUUGAACUUUUCUUUAUCACUUACGACCCAGAGGUCACAUGCAACCUGAAAAAAGCAAACAAUGAACUGUUGUGAUAUUCUCUACAUUCCUAGAUUCGUACUAUUUCAUAGUGGAGCAGAAUAUAAAUGAGACAAUAAAGAGGACCUCUUUUCACCCUGCCAAGUAUGGCACACCCAGAAAUGACCCUCCCUGGCACACAAUACAAGUUAAUUCAUCAAUAACUUAAUUGUGAUCCUCAAAUCUAUCAGUCAAUGAAAUUUUAUAUAGAAAAGGGAACUUUGUAUGCACUCUUUGCUUUAAUAAAACUGGAAUAAAAGCUAUGUAAUCUGGUAAAGGACUAAUUUGCAUAUUAUAAACAUAAAUAUAAUUUUGAGGGAAAUUUAUUUCUGCAUGGGUCCAGAUUUCCUGAAUAAAUUACAUACAGAUUAAAAUUUCAUUAUAGCAGUGAUACACUUCCUUAUUAGGAAUCACGGAAGGUUCCUAUGUAUGUCCUGUGAUUUGAACGUGGUCUCUACACUUUGCCAGCUUUCAGAAAACAUUCAUUCAAAUUGCAAAAGAGCUGGUUUUUAGCCAGUGUUCCAAUGGCUGAACUGGCAUGUUGAAAGAAAAUCAAUCAGGAAGCAGACCUCACCAAGUGCUUGCCUCCUUUUCCAAAGCAAGCCUCUUCUAAAGGAAGAAAAAGCAAGGGUUGAAAACAGAAGCCUGAAGAGAAGUGAGAAGGAGAUGAAGAGGAGGGCAAAAAGAGAAGAAAAGAAAGGUGAAAGAGAAGAAAUAUUAGGAGACUCAUUGCAAGAUUUAUACAGGGCACUGGAGCAAGCCAGUCUGUCACCGCUAGGAGAGCAUCGUAUUUCAACCAAGAUGGAAUAUAAGCUAUCAUUUAUAAAAAGAUGUAAAGAUCCAGUAAUGAAUGAAAAACUACACAGGCUGAGAAUUCUCAAAAGCACUUUAAAGGCUAGAGAAGGGGAAGUAGCCAUUAUUGACAAAGUCCUAGAUAAUCCAGACUUGACAUCUAAGGAAUUCCAACAAUGGAAGCAGAUGUACCUCGACCUUUUCUUGGAUAUCUGUCAAAAUACCACCUCAAAUGACCCACUAAGUAUUUCUUCUGAAGUAGAUGUAAUCACUUCCUCUCUAACACACACUCAUUCAUACAUUGAAACGCAUGUGUAAGUGUAUUUUGACUUCAGGCUAUCUAGUACCUGCUGGUACCCUGAACAAGUAUAUAAGGUAGUUUUUAUAUCAAUGUGUGGGACACUUGACAAGCUAUACUUUAAUGUUACCAAACUAUCUGAAACAAACCAUAUAUGGUCACAAUACCACUAUCUUUAAUGAGCAUUUGCAUAUUUUAUAUGCAGUCAGUGCUCAGCUUAUGUUUACCAUGUGCAAAAUCAACUAUCUUUAAUGACUUAAAAUUAACUUUUGCAAACAAUCUGAAUACAGGUGGUCUUCAAGUAGUAAAACCACAAAAAGGCAGUUUUCUAUCUAAGGUCAUCUUUUCUCCCUUUAAGUUAAUUUUAUAUAAACAAGACUUCAAAAGUAAAUCACAUUUUUUCAGAUGCAGACAUCCUGUGGGUGGGAAAGAAUUUAAACCUUUUUUAUAUUUAUUAAAAUGUUCUAAGAAUUUUCUUAAACAUUGCACAAAGUUUAAUGCUGUAGUUUUAUUUUUGUGAAAUGUAGAUGCGCAUACAAGAGCUAAGCAAAAUAGAAGAGCAUCGAAAUAAGAAAAGUUCAGGUAUCUAAUAUUCGUCUUAAUAGUCUAUUAACUUGUGAAAGCUAGUUAAUGGAAAUACUAUUCCAAAUCUAUGAGAACACUUAAUGGUGUAUCAGGGCAAAGCUUUGUAAGAUGUUUUUGUAACUAAGAACAAAAUUGAAGAUAGAGCUGCUUUAUUUUCUUGGUUUAAAUCUUCCUUUAUUUUUGUAGUGAUGAAAUGCUGAUUGUGUACAGAAGAAUUUGAGAAUGGAUUUUUUAAAACAGACUUAACUCACCCAGAAAGGCAGCUAAUAGCUAUAUAUAUAUAAUUUCAGCCCAAACUCAUGUUUUUAAACACCAAUUCUUAAAAGACAAGGUAUAAACUUGAAAUGAAUGAACUUUUCAGUUAGUCUCCAAUUUUUCCAUAGUCCAAACUAAACUUAUGUAAUUAUACUCCAGGCAGGGAAGUAUAAUAUGUUUAGUUACAGACUGAUGUGUGUUACAAAUAGAAAACAAUAUUGAAAAAUAAAAAUGUACUUCUCUCCUAAGGAGCAAGGGGGUGAUGGUCGAGAGAUGUCACACUGAAUUACAUGAGAGAAAUAAUUUAGAGGUUUUCCUAGCUUCAUGAAUUGUUCUAUAGAGUGGAUGAAGUCUAUGGAAAAGUCCUCUUCAUAUAUUUCCAUUUAUAAGCGUCUCGUUUUUGAAAGUGAUCACAGCAUGAAAAUGACUGUGCUGCUUUUUAGUGUCUGGCUGCAUAACGUACAAGUCACAAUUUGCUGUUUUUUCAGAAGGAGGAAGGGACCCUCCUUUACUAUUCUAUAUCCUAAAAUCUACUUCUAAUCAGCUUUAUACUGUUGCCUGUACAGCUCAGUGAAUGUACUUUCAUCUUUAAGAGUUCAGAUAUAUGCCAGUGAUAUUUUUGCUGUAGAGGAGAAAGUAAAAACUCCACAGCGGGGAUCUUUUUCUUUGCUUUUGAAACCACCAUUGAAUCACUAUCGUUUUGCAGACUUUGCACAACUGUACAGGAGAGUGGCCUUUCUACAGCACAUUUUCAGUAAUCCUAUAUUUAGUCAAAAUGGAUGAGAAAUCAUGUAUUAAUGUUUGUAUGGAAUUUUGGGUCCAGUGUAAUAUUUUUAUCAUUUAAAAAAAAACUAUUUGUAAAAACAUUUAUUUACUGCAUGAAUAUUGACGCAGAUUAAAUUUGUGGGAUUUUGUAUAUGUAAAAAACAAAAACAAACAAACAAACAAACAAAAAAACCAACCUCUUGUCCUAAAAUGAAGUGUGCUUGUUACAGGUGUUUAGAUUUAUUGGUGUUUACUAGACCAAAUGUGUAUGUUCACUUUAAAAUAUCUGUACCUGAUGGAUGUGUCAAGUAUACAGUGGCCAGGUUUGUGGCCUAUAAACAGCAAGCAGUUGAUGGGAAGACUAGCUCUGUUGCUACUAAGCAGCUUUUAUUUUUUAAAGUCAGCUCUGUUGUUUCAACUGGUAAAAAUGAAACAAAUGAAUUUUACCAGACUCGUGGCUAGCCUAGCAUGGAAGAGACCUUUUAACACUAUAUAAUAUAUGUACAUUUUAUUGCAUUCGUAUCAAAUCUAGGAGAGAGGCAGCACUGUAAACUGAAGUCAAAUAAAUUCAGCUCUUAAUGAAUCCUUA